GGGAGCGGAGCCAGUGUUGUGCCAGAACAGGAGCUGGGUGAGCGGGCGAUCUAAGCAGGCUUUGGACAUAAUGAAAGAAGAGGCCGAAAGGACAUCGAUGGAGGAAGAUAAGAAACUUCAAAGUUCAAAGUUUCCUCAAAGUCUUCUUUAGUUUUAAUCCAGAACCUGAACCGGACUCUGAGCGAACAGGAAUCAGGAUCCAUGUCACAUGAAACCUUUUGGAGGAUCCGGUCUGAAGCUCUGCAGCAGCAUUUUGGAUCAAACGAUUCCAAGUUACAGAGGAGGAGCAGAUAUGGGUUUGUUGAGGAAGGUGGAUGUCCCGGUCUACGACCUGUCCCUGAUCAGAGGGAUCUGGGAGGUCCGAGUGAAGAAACAACGACAGAAACAGAAGAAGGAGCAGGAGAGGGUCGAGAAGAGCGCGCUCGCCAGGAUCGAUCAGGAGUGGCAGUAUCGGAUCUACUGUAAGACACUGAAGAGCGACGAACGGAACCUGCUGCACCAUUACCUGGAGAGAACUACACUGACCAAUACAAUACAGCCGUAUACAGACGGAGACGAGCAGGAUCAGAAAGACGAGCAGGAACAGAAAGAUGUGGAACAGAAGCUGACCCUCCAGCUGAACGGAGACAGAUGGAUGGACUUCCCCCGGGAGCUGCAGUGGAUGACUUACCUGAGAGAGUGGCACGUCAGAGGGACAAGGAUCCGUCAGCUGCCUGACUACCUGCCUCUGUUCACCCAGCUCUCCGUGCUCGAGAUCCCCAAAAACGCCAUCGCUGAGCUGCCACCUGAGAUCGGUAAACUGACGGGGUUGAGGGAAUUGAACGUCAGCUACAACCGCUUGUCCAAAGUUCCUCCAGAGCUCGGAAAUUGCGAGAACCUGGAGAGACUCGAACUUACGGGAAACUACAACCUGUCUGAGCUGCCGUUUGAGCUGAGCAGCCUGAAGCAGCUGGUCCACCUGGACAUCGCGGAGAACAGGUUCGUGUCGAUCCCCAUCUGCGCUCUGAGGAUGAGCAGCCUGCAGCUGUUGGACCUGAGUAACAACAAACUGAGCGACCUGCCGCAGGACAUGGACAGGUUGGAGCAGCUGGUCACCCUGUUCAUCCAUAAAAACAACCUGUCUUACCUCCCUCACUGUCUCACCAAGAUCUCCACGCUCAAGAUGAUCGUCGUCAGCGGCGACGAGCUCAACUGCAUCCCCACCCGACUGUGCAGCAACCCCGACAUCAAGUUCAUCCGCCUGUACGACAACAUGAGCGAAGAGAAGAAGAAGAAGAAGAAGGAGGAAGAGGAGAAGAAGAAGAAAGAGAAGUGGAGGAGGUGGAGAGAGCAGAGAGAGGAGGAGGUGAAGGACGGCAGCGAGAAAGAGUUCAUAGAGGCGUAUGUGAGCUCGCUGAAGGACAGAGACACCAUCCCCUACGCCACCACCAAGGUCACCAUCUCCUGCCUCAUGUGAUGAAGAGGAGGAUGAAGGUCGAGGCUGUGAGUCACUGAAGGAUAAAAGAACUCAAAGAUGGCGUCCUUGCUGUGUGGCCUUCUGCACGUGCUCAGUGUUUCCCGGAUCAUCAAGCCGCUAACACGUUGUUGCUAUAAUCUUUGCUAGCUAGCUCCGCCGUCGACGUCCCACAAACUCAUCGACCCUCGAACAGCUCGACGAACAGCCCGACGAACAGCUCGACGAACAGCCCGACGAACAGCUCGACGAACAGCUCGACGAACAGCCCGACGAACAGCUCGACGAACAGCUCGACGAACAGCCUGACGAACAGCUCGGCGAACAGCUCGGCGAACAGCGACGUUAACUGAUCGAUUAUUAUGUCUCGACAAAACCGACUAACUAUUUAAAAUUUAAAACGCUUUUUUCUUUCUUUGAGGGAUUUUUGAGGCUCUUUAUAAAAUUCUGGCAUUAAGCAAUUUGAAAAUAAGAAUUUGACACAUUACCAUAGUUUUGACAUAACGGAAAUAUGACCUCUUAAUAUGAGGUAUAUGACGGAAAUAUGAGGCAUAUGACGGAAAUAUGAGGCGACAUUUAAUGGCUCAUAUUGGAGAUGAAAUAGAUGACUAAAGAUAGAGUACAACAUUUUGAAAUUUGUCAAACUGUCACUUUUGACAUGAUCAGAACUCAGAUUUUUUUAACAUAGUUUUCAAAUUAGAUUUUUACUUUUGUCAUUUUUUAUAUUUAGUUCUUUUUUGGGGGAGUUAGUAGGAAUGAACUUCCAUAUUUUACGCCAAUGUUGUUUAAAUUAGAAAAUUAAUUUAACAUUUAACUAUUUAAAAUAAAAAUUAAAUUUGUCAAAUAAAAAUUGACAUCAUCAGUUUUUAGAUUUAAGAUUAGGAAAUAGAACAAAGACCAUUUUUACAUUACAGUUUUGACAAAAAAUACUGAUUUUUUACUGGCAGGAAGGAACUUCCAUAAGUAUUUAAUUAAUUACGAGA